AUGCCUAAAGAAUGGGAAGAUGAUGCCCAUGACUUGGAAAUCGAGCACUUCGAGAACCAACAGGACGUUAACCUGGCCAGCUACCUUUCGCAGCGACCUGUACCACAGAUGGUGAAGUCACAUCUGCGCAACUAUCAGAAUAACAUACAAGACCUCAAGAUCAGCCUUUACACUGAUCCUGGGUCGUUCGGGAAGCUACCACGUGUGUUCUGUGGUCUGCAGCGCCUCGACAUUUACCACAAUGAUCAAUCAGAUAUUAUCCGUCUUUUCGAAAACAUCGAAUCUGUGGGCGCCAGUCUGAAACGGCUGUCUUUGACAGCGGCGAAUGUCGGUGCACUAAAUGGUCAGCUGGAUGCAUGGGUAGAUAGCGAGCCGGGCGACCUCACCCGAUAUACUCCUAUGCUCGAAGAGCUCCGGCUGGCCAAUUUCGUGGUCUUGGGCACAUUUGGAGCAUUUGACCGGGUUAUCGAUUUCUACAAGUUGAGCCGACUAGAGCUGCUCGUAGACAAGGGAGGUAAUCUAGACUUCGUCAUGGAGCUAGCCGAGCGUGCGCAGGGCAACAGGUUCAAGUUGAAGCACAUUGCUUUAGAGUUCAUGCGCGGCACUCUGCUGACUGAAGACCACCUGUUGGCCAUAAUGACUCUUUUCAGUUAUUGCGAGCCUAUAGAAAGUCUCCACCUACGCUUUCCGGAUAUAGAGCGCUUCCCUGCCCGUUUUUUCAACGUCUUCGAUGCGCUUCCGCACAAUCUACAGAGCUUGAGUAUCUCUUUCGAUGAUGAUACAACGCCCACUGUGGCAUUGCAUAACAAUAUGUUGUUAGAACAGUUACGAAGAAGCUCGCUGAACGGGAUUAAACAGCUCGCGUAUCAAUUUGACGAAAGAGACUUGACAGAUGAGAGCAACGGUAGCAGUUAUGAUAAUGUAGUAGAGUCGCUGCGAGGCUUCCAACAAUUGCGUCUACUCCACAUUCGUGUGGAAGACAGUACUCUUAUGGGCAAAAGUCCAAUCUACGACGACCAACCGCUAGAGGAAGUACUGGUGGAUCCUUAUAUAUUGGCUUUGCAGAUGCAAACGUUUGCCAACCGGCUGUUCGAGGACAUGCACAGGGGAGGGCAUUCAAAGCUGGAUGCUCUGGUCGUUGGGCAUGCGACCAGCGCUGAAGCAGCAGCCGAACUUCAACAGCAGUGUUUUGUCAGAGGCGAGCAGAGGGAUAUUCUCGGCCGUACGGUCCCGGUUGGUGUUCCUGUUUCGCAGGCCAUGCUGCGCGAGACUCAGCCACACACGGAUAUUCUAGACAUCGACUUCCCUAGGACCUCGUCAUCGAACGGAUUCGAGGGGUGGGCCGGAGAAGCGUUCUGA